AUGCCGGGUGGGCGCCUGCUCCAGCUGCUCCUCGCCACGGCUCUGUGCCCUGGCCUCCUUGGGACAGCACUCACCAAGCAUCUGUUCCUCGCCACAGUCUCGGUGCAGAACCUGCACCUCUGUGAAGGCUACAUGGGCCCUGACGGCCGCUACCACCCCGGCUUCUACUGCCCGCGGCUGACCGACCCAGCCAGCCACCGCUUCUGCUGCCGCCCCAGCCCUCACACCCUCAAGUCCUGCUGCUCCCAGCUGGCCCUAGAGACCCUCACCAGGGUGAACCUCUCCAGCCUGGCUGGCCCAGGCCUCCUCCGGAACCCGCUGGCCCUGCCCUUCGUGGCGCUCUACGGGCUCCUCGUCCUCCUCCUCAUGGCCGUCGACCUCUUCCACUUCUACCACACCCAGCGCUGCCGCCUCGGCCGCCUCCUGCCCUGCGCUCGCUGCCCACCCUGCGGCCCCCCGGGGGCGCGCCAGCCCCGCUCCCGGCUGCCCCGCAGCGCCCACGCCCCCGGGGGGCUCCUGCCACCGCCCCACCGUGCCCCCAGCCCGACGGACCCGGGCCGGGCCUGCUGA